AUGUCUUUCUGCAGCUUCUUUGGAGGAGAGGUUUUCCAGAACCAUUUUGAACCGGGUGUCUAUGUGUGUGCCAAGUGCGGCUAUGAGCUGUUCUCCAGCCGCUCAAAGUUUGAGCACUCGUCCCCUUGGCCGGCAUUCACUGAGACCAUCCACUCUGACAGUGUGGCCAAGCGUCCGGAGCACAAUCGGCCUGAAGCCUUAAAGGUAUCCUGUGGUCGAUGUGGCAAUGGGCUGGGCCAUGAGUUCCUCAACGAUGGCCCCAAGCGGGGACAGUCCCGAUUCUGAAUAUUUAGCAGCUCGCUGAAGUUCAUCUCUAAAGGUCAAGAAUCUUCUGCCACCCAGGGGAAGUAA